CAUUGGUUGAGCAAAGAAAGAAACCGGUUGAUAAUCGUGAAGAUGACAGAGCUUGGCCAGCAGUCUGGGAUUCGCCGCCGGUCCGCCAACAACUAGUCCCGCGCAGCGAAUAACAACGACAGCAACAACACACAACAACUUUUGUGUGUCUUUCGACUCGCACGCAAAACAUUUCGAACGCGAACAAAAUUUUUAUUUCUUUCGCUUUUCGUGAGUGGUGGACUCAAGUCACGCGGCACUCACGUUGACUGAAUCAAAUUAUUUCUAACAUUUUCGGGUGAGUGAGGGAAUCCAUCCGGAAUUGUUGGCGAAAAACUUAACAAAAGAGUUGGGAAAAAUCGAGUGGCGUUUUUUUAGUUCAUUCUUUUUCUUCUAGUGUCGUCUCGGGUGUGUACGUGUGUGAGUGUGUGUGUGUGGAAUAUCUUUUUGUUGAAGCCGAGAGCUCACGAUAGGUGCCCUGUGUGUGUGCACUGGCCAUACUCUAGCGCUGCAAUUUUAUAGGCCGCUCGAGCGCGCUGUUGCUAAGCGGAUUGUGUGUCUGUGUGUAGCUGUGUGUGUGUGUGAGUGUGUGCGCGCGCCCUGCGUUAACCGGGGCCCUUGGCAACUGCGUGAAAGAAAGUGUGCCGGUAAGCCCCGAAGGCAGACUCAAACUUGGUAGUGAAAUAUAUAUCUAUCAUCAAAUGAUAGUCGACUAGAUUCCGCACAGUCGCCGGAAUCAUCUCUCGUGUUGAAUGGCCCAGUCUGUCUCGUUGGGUUUUGUCUUGGCCGUUGGUCGGCCGACCGACGUGUAGUUUUUUUGUUUGAGAUAAAAGACGGACCGACCGAAAAAAAAAGAAACAAAAAAGUCGUACGAAAAUUGAACUUUGGGCGUCCUGCUGCAAUUGGGACGAUUUCGUGUGUGAGACCCGGCCGUUUUGCUUUGGUUUUGCCCAAUUUUGAGCAGGCAGCUCGGUUGCUAUGUCCAUUGCGGCGCUGAGCUGUUCCAGCAGCCAGCUCGGCGGCUUCACUUACGGAGCUGUGGUGGGACGAGCUGGAUCCUCUUUGGCAGCCGUGACAUUAGCCUUAGAAAUGGACGAUCAUCACUCGCAUUGUUUGAAUCGCUCAUCUCCCACCUCCUCCACUUCUUCUUCUUCUUCUCACUUUGUGUCCGAGAUAACCCGCUACAAACUCGCCUUACUUCAGCAGCAACAACAACAACACGGCGGGAGCGUUGUUGUUGUGGCCGGCCAGCAAAAUGGAAGCGUCGAGCCAAGAUUGGCCGAUGAGAAUAAUUACAUGUUGAGAUCGGGAGCGGCAGCAGCAGCAGCAGCUUCAGCUUCUGGUGGUGUCCAAUGUUCAGUGUCGGCAGCUGGAACGGUGGUAGUGGCCGGCAGUGCCUCUGGUGGCCAAUCGCUCGAGUGCCAACCGAUUCCGGCCGCCGCCGCCGCUGUCGUCUCCCGCCCGCGAUCGGCCAGUUUGUCGCUGGUGUCUCGGCUCUCUUCGCCCUGUCGCCAUCCGACCCAUUCGCACCCUCCGACUCCGCCGCCCCUCCACCUGGGAGACUCGGCCUCUGCCGCUCCGCUCUUAUUGGCCCGGGUGAAAAUUCCGGCCGCCACCGCCGCCCCAGCAGCCUCCACUUCCUUGCUUCCUCCGGCUCCUUACAGCCGCCUCUUGUGCGCUUGUUUGCCCACCUGCUGCUGCGACUGCAAUUUGCUUUCGUCCAUUGCAGAGUGCCAGGCCGUCUAUCACCAGGCAUGCGCCCGAUACAUCGGCAGCAACAGCAACAGUACCACCGCCAGCGAGCCGGCCAACGCCGGAUGCUGCUCCUCGUCCGUCUCAUCCAUCACGACCGGCACCAGCGAAGCGGCCUUCAAUGACGUUCCAUCACCGACGCUGCCGCAGACAGUGCCUCAGGAUGUGCCCAUCAGCCAAUGGUCUUCGACACACGUGGUGGAAUGGAUGGCGGCGCUCAACCUCUACCGCUACGCUGAACUCUUCCGGUCCAAAGACAUCAAAGGCGUCGACUUGCUGAGUUUGGACAAGGACAAACUGACGAAUAUGGGGGUCAAGGAUGAGUUUCACCAGAAAGCCAUCCUCGUCUGCAUCGACGAACUGUGUCAACGCUCAACCAGCAAAGAGUCGGAAUUAUUGGCUGUGACGGCCAACGCUAAUGGCGACGGCGACUCGAGCUGUCACUCCGGCCUCACUCCUCCUCACCGCAUGGUCGAGUCCAGUUUCCAGUCGCUGGAACGUUGUGACAAGUGCCACAAGUUUCUGCGCGGACUCUUGCACCAAGGACUCAUCUGUCACUCUUGUGGAUUGAUUGCGCAUCGAACUUGCUCGGCAACCGGACUGCCCGCUUGUCUUCAAGGAUUACCGGAGCGCGCCAACCGGCUUCAUAAUCGAACAGUUUUUGGAGUUGGGCUGUGCCGACUGUCGACGGGCAGUGAUCCGGCCUCUGUUCCGGCUGUGAUUUUGCGGCUUGUUCAGGAAAUCGAACAGCGGGCAACCAGCACGCCCACUCUGGAUCUCUACCGUCUCUACCGGACGACCACUCCCAGUGCCGAGACUAUAGCUCAGUUUUGCCUCCAGCUGAGCACCGAUCCCGACGGCGCUGGUGGUGGUGGUGAUUUGUCGGCUUUUGAACCGCACGUUUUGGCCAGCGGACUCAAGAAACUCUUGCGCGAACUGCCGGAUCCCAUGAUCCCGUCGCAGUGGUACGACGCUAUCAUCGAAGCUUCUCGUAUCGGUCGUGACGACCAGUGCGCCGCCCAGUUGUUUCGACUUGUUCAACAACUUCCAGACCUUCACCGGGCCACGUUGCGCUGUCUGCUGGCCCACAUCUGCCGGCUCUGCCAGUGGCAACACGGACGAGGACGAUGUGAACCUCCCACCCUGAUCAUUCAAGUGUUUGCCCACAUCAUUCUGCGGCCGCCUUGGGAGCGGAUCAUCCAAGUGGUCCAUAACGCAGAGGCUCACGUCCGGGUCCUGGAAUUGCUUUUGCUUCGAUGCGAUUGGGGCGAAACGAUGCCGGAAUUCGCUCCGGCGCCCACUCUGCCUCCGCGAAACCAUCUCCGACCAACGUCGCAAACGGCGGCCGACGCCGGUGCGGCGGUGGGUCCGUCGACUGCCGAGGCGGACCUGCGCCCAAUGAGCGAAGCCGAUUGGUAUUGGGGCAAUAUCACGCGCGAAGAAGUCAACGAUCUGAUGAAGGACACGCCCGACGGAACCUUUCUGGUCCGCGACGCUUCUUCCAAAGCCGGCGAGUACACGCUGACACUCCGCAAGGGCGGAUCCAACAAACUCAUCAAGAUUUGCUGCAGCCGACAGGGCCGCUACGGCUUCUCCGAGCCCUACCGCUUCAGUUCCGUGCCGGAACUCAUCCAUUUCUAUCGAUCCGUCUCGCUGGCCCAAUACAAUCCGACGCUGGACGUUAAAUUGCUCUAUCCGGUUUCACGGUUCCAACACGCCGAAGAAGUGGAAGCCGGUAAUGGCGACGUUGAGAAAAUGAGACAGCGACUGGAGGAUGUCCAUCACGAAUAUUUGGCCCGGUCGCGCCUCUACGACCAGUACCACGACGACUACUCGCGCUGUUCGCAUGAGAUCCAGUUCAAGAAGACGGCGCUGGAUGCUUUUGACGAAGCGGUCGCCAUGUUCGAGGAACAGCUCCGUCUGCAGGAAAAGUUCCAGCGCGAGGCUCACCGUCACGAAAUCCACAGCCUCAAGGAGAACAACGAGCUCCUCAAGUCGCGCAUGAACACCAUCAGGCAGUCCCGCCAAGUGUUGCAAGAAGAACUACGGGUCCAGGCCGUUUUGAGCCGCAACCUGGACCGAGAGAUGAACGCCCUCAAGCCGGAGUUGCACCAACUCUGCAAAACCAGAGAUCUCCUACAAAUGUGGUUAUUACGUCACGGGAAGAAUCCCGAUGUAGUCCAGCCCAGCCGCCUGAGCAACGGAGAAGACAGCGGGCUGCCUCCGCCGCCACCCGCUCAAGCCCUCAACGCUUCCGCAUCAUCGAGUCUCGCCCAGAUGCCUGCCGGAAUUGAGAAUAAGGCUUACGAUGGAACUGGAGACGGGCCGGCUCCUCCAGUGUCCAUGCCUAUUCAAGAAGUUCCGCUUCCACCAGCCGUCCAGCAGCAAGCUCCGCCUCCUCCUCCUACUCCAGCUUCUGCUGCUGCCGCACAACAACAACAACAGCACCCCUUAUACAUGCACGCCGACAGCACCUAUUGGCUCAUCCCUGACUGUACGCGUCCGGACGCCGAGCGUCUCUUAUCCAACAAAGCCGACGGGACCUUCCUGAUCCGCCGCAGUGCCGCUGGAAGCGCUCCUUUCGCUUUGUCGAUCGCCUACCGACGAGUCGACAAGGGCGUCGGUCACAUUCUGAUCCAUCGGUCGGAGCGAGGCUUCGGCUUCACCGAGCCUUACCUUCUAUUCCCCACGCUGAACGAUUUGGUCGUCUACUACGCCGGCCACUCGCUCGAGGAACACAAUCCACAGCUGACCACCACUUUGGCCCAUCCGUUGCACGGGCCUCAACCGCUGGAGAGCAAUCCCCACUACCCCAUCUAAAAAUAAGAAAAAGGAAGAAAGAAACGGCCGCCACCGUCGCUGAUGGAAAACUGUGAUAAUCCCGUGUGAUUUAGAAACAAACUGAAAGAAAUUGGAAUCCGAGAGAAUGUCAGUGGCGCCAUAUUUUUUGUCAAUGGCUCGUGUAGAUUUAUUAACGACACUGUGUUAGACUUAGCAAACCGUUUUCAUGUCGCUGUUCAUAUUUUUGACGAAAAAAAAGGAAAGAGGGGGAAGGAUUAAAGGGCCGUGGGAUUGUUGAUACGCAAUUGUCACUGGGAAUCAAUUUGAUAAAAAUUAAUGUGCGAUCAUUUUGUCUUGUUUAUAUACUUUGAGAUCGAAAGAAAGAGAUCACGAAAGAAAAGUCAGAGCUCAGUACAAAAAUUACUGGCAACCUCCAUGGAUUAAGUCGGCCACAAUGAAAAAAAAGGCCAACCCACCCAGAGACGGCCUGUUAUUAAAAACAAAACAAACAAAAAAAAAAAAUAUGAGAGAAAUCCAAAACCCCACUGGUGUUCACCCCUUUUUGUGUGCACGUUAUUUGACCACCACCAAAAUUGUGAAAAACGUCUUUUAUGUAUAAAAUCUUUUUUUGUGUUUUCUUUUCUCUUCUUUUUCGCCCAAAUUAUUUUGUAAUCCUCAUUUGUAUUGGAAAUAUUUUGUUUGUUUUCGCGCCCGGGCGGGAUUUCUCUCCCCCUCAAUGCUUGUGAUGGUGAUAAUACCACUUUUGUUACGUGUGUGAAUUCCUCGCUGUAAUAUGGAAGAAGACGAAACGAAAUUCGACUCGGAUGUGUGUGUGUGUGUGCGUGUUGCUGCGUGAUCGAUCUCAGCUGUAAACGGCGACUUUUCGAAACUGGACGCUGGGAGCGAGAUCAAGGUUUGAUGCGGUCCCUAAAUCUGUGUUGUACAGUGAUAAAAGCAUGCGAACACCUACACUAUAUUAUAUGCAUAUAUAUACAUACAAGAAUUGAGACGCCAUCGAGCUGCAGAGGAUCCGAAAUGUUCGCCCAAUCCUAAAAGUCUCGUUCGAGCUUCGGACGAGCUGUAGCUUGACCGCGACAUUAUAGAUAAUACGUUGUAACGCGUCGUGCCACACGCCGUCUAACCCAACUCCAACCAUGUUUUUUUGUAAUUUUUAAUGUUUUUUUUUAGUUCUCCCAAGUGUCAUAAUUUUGUAGAUUCUUGUCAGAGUUGAAUCGACUAUCGCGUAUACAACUCUUUUGUGUUUUGACUCUCCCCGCCCCUUAAGCACUCAUAACCUGUACAUUUUGUACCAAAUCACGAGACAUUCGAUUAAUACAUGCAAGUUUGUUAUAAA